CCUCCCCGCCCGGCGGAGAGGGGUCGGGGGAGGGGGCAGCAUGGCCUGUCCGUCCGGCCCCUUUUCCAGCGCUCAUCUGCCCCGGGAGUGCGGCGCCGCUCCUCGCAGGGAGAAGAGGUCCGAAUGGAGACAGACGGCAGCCAGCCCGGCCUCGCCUCCCCGGACUCCCCGCACGACCCCUGCAAAAUGUUCAUCGGGGGGCUGAGCUGGCAGACCACGCAAGAGGGCCUGCGGGAGUACUUCAGCCAGUUCGGCGAGGUGAAAGAGUGCCUGGUGAUGCGGGACCCGCUGACAAAGAGAUCCAGGGGCUUCGGGUUCGUCACGUUCAUGGACCAGGCUGGCGUCGACAAGGUUCUGGCCCAAUCCAGACAUGAACUGGACUCCAAGACGAUUGACCCGAAGGUAGCGUUCCCCCGCCGAGCACAGCCCAAGAUGGUGACCCGAACGAAGAAGAUAUUUGUGGGUGGUCUGUCGGUGAACACUACUGUGGAGGAUGUGAAACAGUAUUUCGAGCAGUUCGGGAAGGUGGAUGAUGCGAUGCUGAUGUUUGACAAGACAACCAACCGACACCGAGGGUUUGGAUUUGUCACAUUUGAAAGUGAAGACAUUGUGGAAAAAGUAUGUGAGAUCCACUUCCAUGAGAUUAACAACAAAAUGGUGGAGUGCAAAAAAGCCCAGCCCAAGGAGGUGAUGUCCCCAACAGGCUCAGCACGAGGGCGGUCCCGAGUCAUGCCUUACGGGAUGGAUGCCUUCAUGCUCGGGAUCGGCAUGCUGGGUUAUCCAGGCUUCCAAGCUGCCACCUACGCGAGUCGAAGUUACACUGGCAUUGCACCUGGUUACACUUACCAGUUCCCUGAGUUCCGUGUAGAGCGGACCCCUCUCCCGAGUGCCCCCGUCCUCCCUGAGCUCACAGCCCUGGUAUUUCGCAGCAGGAAACAAAGGCUGCUGUUGAGGAAUGCACCAUGUAACCGCAACGGCCCUGAGAUGCCUGUUCCUUCCUUUCCAGCAAUCCCCCUCACUGCGUAUGGACCAAUGGCAGCGGCGGCAGCUGCGGCAGCUGUGGUGCGAGGGACAGUUUUUCUGCCUCCCGUAGGUUCUACCCCCAGUCGCACCGGUGGAUUUCUGGGCACCACCAGCCCUGGGCCGAUGGCAGAGCUUUAUGGAGCCGCCAACCAGGACUCAGGGGUCAGCAGUUACAUCAGCGCUGCCAGUCCAGCCCCGAGCACUGGCUUUGGCCACAGCCUAGGGGGUCCCUUGAUUGCAACAGCUUUUACCAAUGGGUAUCACUGAAGCUGGGGACCAAGGAGGCAGGAGAUUCCCCAGUGACCCAACCGAGGACAGCGGCUGGAGGGUCUGGUGAGCCUCGGGGGAUGAGCCACGGUUCCCUUCUUCUUGAAUCAAACUGCACACCUGCCGGCUGGCUGCCAGGCUCCUGCCGCCCUGCCCUGAUCUCUCCCUUUGACCAGACCACACUGGACUGAACCCGAGGAGAUCAUCUCGCUUUCUUACUAACCGCCGACGGUUUACGCUUCCCUCCCCCUCCCCCCUCCCCCAGCCCAUUGGUCCUUCUUUUAUUUAUUUUAUUAGCUGUUAGUUUUUAUUUUUUUUAUUUUAUUUUUUUAUUUUUUUUUUUGGGGGGGGGGUUCCCCCUUCUUUUUUGUUGUUUGCUCUUUCCCGAGCUAGUAGACCUAUUCUCCGGAUUGGCUUUGUGAUUGUGUUAGGUAGUUUUUAUUGAGGAGUACUUUUAUUUGGCUUUGAAACCCUUCUGAAUAUUUUCAACUCUGUUGUUGUUGUCGUCAGUGUUUUUGAAGCACGGUGUGGAAUGAGAAUGCAGUUCUGAAGGAAAGAAAGAGACGCAGAGAGAGCAAAGGCUGAGAGGAACCGAUGUAUCUCUAUUUUUUUUAAAGAAACUGUUUUUAAUUGUUUCUGUUUUGUAAAUGUGAGGCUUUGAAAAGUGUGAAACUCCAAGGAUCUGAAAACGUUGGACAUCGCUAUGGAACAAAACAAAUGUAUAUUUUGCUAAGUGAGAAAGGCUAUCUUACAGCUGAAAGAAUUGUUGUUUUUCCUAGGUUUAGUUUUACGUGGGAUUUUCCUUUUCCUCCUGUAUAAUAUGUAAAUAUCGCGAGCUGAACCUGGCUGCCAUGUGCAGCCUGGCUCCGAGGAGCAGCUCCAGGUCCUGGACUUGGUGCCGCAGUGUGAGCAAUACUCUCCAGCAGAAUCCUGACAGGACUCCGUUCUUUUUUUGUACACCUUUUACUGUAAGAUUUUAAGACCUCUGAUGAGAUGAAAGGGGGGGAGGGUGGGGGUGGGAGUGGGGUGAAGCGGACCGGCCAUCGGCUGCGUUGCUGAGCGGGUUAAAGCUGCUUCCAAUCGCUCGAUGUACAGACUCCGUCACUGGGCUCCAUAGUGCCAGUGUCUGGUUUGGCUUUAGGUAAAGGGCUUCACCGCCACCGUUUGUCUUGGUUUCUUUGAAAGGAAUCCACUCUCCAAACGCUAUCGCCUGCGUCAAGAUUGCCUGGGAAAGGGGAUCCUCCUCCGGAGGCCAGGGGAUUGGAAGGGGAGUCAGCCAGGGUGGGGGGAGGUGGGGAUGGUGGUUCCGUAAGGGCAGGGUGCUGGGCUGGGGGAGUUGUUAAUGGGGAGAAAAGCAUUAGGGUGGUGAUUUGGGGGCGGGUUAAGGGCUUCUCAGGGAUUAUAUGACAUAUAGAAUCACAGCUUCCCAUUUGCUUUACUCUGUGUUCUGAAGACUGUGGGAAUUGGUCCGUCGUGCUGUGCGGAGAUGAUCUGGUCCCUUCUCCAGAACCUGCAGGGCCUUCCCUUGGCACCAUCCAGGCCUCUGCUGAGGAGCACCGUGCCAGGGGAAGCCUCCAGCGGGGAGCACACGGGGCAGGUUUGGGUCUGGAUUUCAGUGAACCAAAGACCUCAUUAAGGGGGGUGAUUGAGCCUUUCAUUAAGAUGCAGCCAAACUCUUUUCCCAGGGAAAUAACAGCUUCAUCUUAAGUUUUAAAAAUCAUUCCCUCUCUUCCCCCAAACUGAGCCCUUGUAAGGGAGAGGGGCAUUAGAAACAGGACCGAGAGGGGCCGUCGUGCCCACGGGGCUCUUCCCUUCCAUCCCUCCCCCUGCGUGCCAGAGCUUUUCCUGACCUGGGUGAUACGUUUGGAGAGUUCUGUUUAGGUAAGAGGGUACUUAACAGAUCAGUACUGAAAACACAAAGCAAUAAUUUUUGUUACUGAGACAAGAAUCUGUAUGUCUGUUUUUUUAAAUAUUUCCUAAUGAAAAAAAGAAGAGCUGCAUUUUAUUGGGUUUAUUUUUAUUCUGUAUACUUCCAAUUUGGGUCUGCGGACAGCGCUUGCCUCCCUCUUGGUGUUCGCGCUGAGCUGCUUCUGUGCCCCCUCCAGACAUCCCAGGCCAGCUGUGCUGCCGCUGGGCUGUGAGUCGCUCGCUGGCCAGUGCCGCCACUGCCUGGAGGCCGGGGCUCCGCUUUCAGGGUGGGCAUUUUUUAAAAGAAAUAAAGCUGUGUUUUUAAGGCAGUAAGUUAUUACACUCCAGGGUUUGUUCUCUCCACACCUGUAACCCUUUUUUUCCAGAUUUCAGUUUUAAAUUCCUAAUAAAUUAUUUGAAAACUG